AUGGCUACCACUUCUUUGAUGACGGCCAACAAACAGCGCCGCUGCCACAGCCCUAUAUCUCCUGUGGCGUCAGAGGCUGUUGGAAAUAACAACAACCUUGUGAGGAUUCUAUUCCCUGAGGCAGCCUACCAUGGCCGGAACGUCGUCCACUUUGAGUCCAGGCCCGCGGCACCCACCCCUAACCCCCAACGCUCGUCGUCCACACCUAAGGGGGAGGAGACCACCGUUCAGCUCGACCUCGGAUUGCUCGCGCCUGGGAACUGGGUCAACGACUUGGCCAUGAUGCGCAUCGCCUUGCUGUUUAAGCCCAACACCCUCGCCAUUGUCAACCCGUUGGAGCUAGAACAUUUCUGCAAGGCAAAACACUUGCCUGACAAGGUCCGCGACAAGUAUCUCGUCAAGAUAAAGCACAACCCCAUCACCGUCCACACCAUCAACAACAGCGCCGAGAUGGCCGCCCUCUACGUCACCAGCAUCCACCUCGUGACCCACGGCUCCCCCCUCGUUGCAGCCUCGCACCUCCGCGUCCGCGCCGAGUCCAACCUCGCAGCCAAGCACGCCCGGAUCCCCCCGCCAUGCCGCUGUUCCGGACCGCAGAGGCCCACCGCCUGGCUGUCGAGGUGCAUGGCACGUCGCAUGUUUGGGGAGGCGCUUGAUGCUCUCUUGGACGGGAUGGUGGCUUUGAGUAGGGCUGUUGAGAGGGUGAAUAGGAAGUUGGUUGUCAAUCGUUUGUCGAUCAAGGCUAUCUUCCUCAUCGACAACCCGGAGCCCAAGCUGAAGACGAUCCCGACUGUUGGCUAG